AAAACCCACGCCCCUUGGGUCGCCCUCGUGUGGCGGCCUGCAGUCCGGGUGGAGCUCGCGUGGCCCUGCGCUCGCGGAGGCGUGGCGGCCGCGGGGGCGCGCGGGGAUGGGGGUCACAGUGGAGGUGCACCAGGUGUACAAGUACCCCUUCGAGCAGGUGGUCGCCAGCUUCCUCCGAAAGUAUCCCAACCCCAUGGAUAAAAAUGUCAUCGCGGUAAACACUGUGGAGGAAAAAAGAGAUGUGUCAACAGGGAUCAUCUAUAGAAAGAGGAUUGCAAUCUGUCGGAAUGUGGUUCCAGAAAUUUUAAGGAAGGUGAGCAUUUUAAAGAUACCCAAUAUCCAGUUAGAAGAGGAAUCAUGGCUCAAUCCCCAGAAAAGAAGCAUGGCUAUCCAGAGUCACUGCCUUACGUGGACACAGUAUGCAUCCAUGAAGGAAGAGUCUGUCUUCCAAGAAAGUAUGGAAAAUCCAAAUUGGACAGAGUUCAUUCAAAGAGGCAGGAUUUCAAUCACAGGGGCUGGCUUUCUCAACUGCAUUUUGGAAACUUUUGCCAGCACAUUCUUAAGACAGGGAGCCCAAAAGGGAAUUAGAAUAAUGGAGAUGCUGCUGAAGGAGCAGUGUGGUGCCCCCUCAGCCGAGUAAAGAACCAUCAGGGAGCUGUGUUGUGUCUACUUUUGCUCGAGAAUCACUUCUCGGACACAACAUCUCCAAGACUCAAUUUUCGAAAUGCAGGUUUAAGGAUGCAGUAUCGGCAGCUUGAAGAAGAGGAGACUUUCUUGCCGGGACCUGAAAUGACACACCUCCCUGAGAGCCAGCCUCAGUAGCGGCACUCAUGGAGAUAAGUCCUCCCAGCUGGAUUUUUAUGGCAUAGACUCUUCACGAUUUUACAAAUAAAGGGAAAACUCAUAGAA